AUGGUCGGACUUGUUUCGGCCGCCGGCCUGGUUGGCUUCCUCUCGGAGCCUGACCCAGAGCUUAAGGUCUUUGCGUUGAAGUCAUUAGAUUCCCAGAUCGACUUGCUCUGGACAGAAGUUGUCAAUUCCGUUCCCGAAAUUGAGGCUCUUUACGAAGAUGAAUCAUUUCCAGAACGCGAACUGGCGGCUUUGGUUGCGGCGAAGGUAUAUUAUCAUCUCCAGGAAUAUAAUGAGAGUAUGGUUCUUGCCCUGGGCGCGGGAAAGCUGUUUAAGCUGGACAAUGGUGGCGAGUUCGAGGAAACCAUCAUCGCGAAAUGCGUCGAUACCUUCAUCUCUCUAUCUGCCACCCAACGGCCUGCCGCCGGUGACCAGCCCGCCAACCUGAACACUGCGUUCCCAUCCUCCGGCGAUGGCGCCACUAGCACAUCCGCAAGCCUUACUUCCCCGAUCACCCCGUUCUCUAAAUCCGCCCUGCCCUCGAAAUCCUUGCUAUCGCGCCAGGAAUUUCCUGGCGUCGACGCCGCCCAUCCCGGCGGCGAAGAUACCAGUUUUCAACACGCCGAAACGCCGCUUGUGUUGCAACGUGGCGUUCAGGGUCAAUUGCAGACCGUGAUCGAGCGCUUGUUCGAGGAGUGUUUCCACCAGAAGCGCUAUCGCCAGGUGAUCGGUAUCGCGAUCGAGGCAAAAAGCUUGGAUGUGCUCCGCAUGGCCAUUAUCCGAGCCAGCGAUGACGAGAAAAAGCAGCAGGGCGAAUCUCGUCGAAGCGAGGAACUUUUGGAGUAUGUUUUGGACAUCUGUAUGGGCAUCGUACAAGAACGGGCUUUCCGCAACGAGAUCCUGAAGCUCAUUUUGGAGCUCCUGAACGAAAUCCCUGCACCGGACUACUUCUCGAUUGCGAAAUGCGUGGUUUAUCUUAAUGAGCACUCGAUGGCAUCUGUCAUUCUCCGCCAACUAGUCGAGAAGGGUGAUGCGCGAUCUCUAGCAGUUGCUUACCAGAUCUCUUUCGACCUAUACGACAAUAGCACCCAGGAGUUCCUGCAAAAAGUUCACCAAGAAAUUGCCGAGCUUGUGCCCGAGGCCGAGGCCGAGCAAAAGGACAAUGAGGGUGAGGGCGAGCCCAGGGAGUCGGAUCCAUUGCUUGAGAAUCAGUCAAGUUCCUCCCGACCUUCAGGCGAGAAGGGUGCAGAUCUCCCUGACGAGCUGCGUACCGCAUUCAAGAAUAUCCUUGCGAUCCUGGACGGCAAGAAAACAAUUCAGUUGAAUUUGGAGUUCUUAUACCGGAAUAACAAGGCCGAUAUUGCGAUUCUGAACAAGAUCCGUGAUAGCCUUGAGGCACGCAACUCUAUUUUCCACACUGCAGUUACGCUUUCGAACGCCUUCAUGCAUGCUGGUACCACACACGACAAGUUCUUCCGCGACAACUUGGAGUGGCUCGGAAAGGCGGUUAACUGGUCCAAGUUUACAGCUACUGCUGCUCUGGGUGUGAUUCACCGUGGCAACCUGAGCCAAGGCCAGAAACUCCUGCAGCCGUACCUACCCCGGGAACACAUCGCCGGAGUGGGAGGCUCAGGCUCCGUCUACAGCCAGGGUGGUUCAUUGUACGCAUUCGGUCUCAUUUACGCCAACCACGGUGGAAUGGCGGUCGAUCUCAUUCGUGACCACUUCAAAAAGGCCACGGAAGAGGUGGUGCAGCACGGUGGAGCUCUGGGAUUGGGUGUCGCGGGCAUGGCUACUGGCGAUGAAGGCAUCUACGACGACCUUCGCAACGUUCUCUACACUGACUCAGCUCUGAAUGGUGAGGCUGUUGGCCUUGCCAUGGGUCUUGUUAUGUUGGGCACCGGCAAUAUGAAGGCCCUCGAGGACAUGAUUCAGUACGCGCACGACACCCAGCACGAGAAGAUCGUUCGGGGGCUGGCUGUUGGUAUGGCUUUGAUCAUGUACGGACGUCAGGAAGCUGCCGACGAGUUGAUCAACGGUCUCCUCGGCGACCCUGACUCGACUCUCCGCUAUGGUGGUAUCAUGACGAUUGCCCUGGCAUACUGUGGCAGUGGCAGCAACAAGGCUGUUCGCAAGCUUCUUCAUGUUGCCGUCAGCGACGUCAACGACGACGUCCGACGAAUUGCGGUGCUGAGCUUGGGUUUUAUUCUGUUCCGGAAGCACCAGAGUGUUCCCCGUAUGGUUGAGCUGCUCUCGGAGUCCUACAAUCCUCACGUCCGAUAUGGUGCGGCCAUGGCGCUUGGUAUCUCUUGCGCCGGAACCGGUCUCGACGAGGCCAUCGAUCUUCUGGAGCCGAUGCUCAAGGACUCGACAGACUUUGUUCGACAGGGUGCCUUGAUUGCGCUCGCCAUGGUGCUGGCUCAGCAGAACGAGGCUAUGAACCCUCGUGUCACCAGCCUUCGCAAGGCCAUGAUGAAGAUGAUCGGUGAUCGUCACGAGGAUGCCAUGGCUAAGUUCGGUUGCGCAGUUGCGUUGGGUAUCAUCGAUGCUGGUGGCCGAAACUGUACAAUCAGUCUGCAGACGCAGACGGGCAACCUUAACAUGCCCGGCAUCGUCGGCGCCGCAGUCUUUGUGCAGUACUGGUACUGGUUCCCUUUCACGCACUUCCUGUCACUCAGCUUUGCGCCUACAUCUGUGAUUGGCGUGGACCAGAAACUCGAACAACACUCGGCCCAGUCUCUUCGACUACCCCCCGAACAACAUGUGAAGACGGAGGAGGCACCGGAGAAGGUCAAGACCGCUGUGCUUUCCACGACUGCUCAAGCCAAGCGCCGCGCACAGCGCCGGGAGAAGCAGGCACGACGAGAGAGCAUGGACAUUGACCAGACCCCCACGACGCCCAAGGUUUCCGAUCAGUUGCCGGAGAAGAUGGAGACUGAGGAGGGCGCGACCAAGCCCGAGGGCGAAGAAGGCAAGGAGGUCGAGAAGGGUGCUGGGGAGGGCCAGAAGAAGAAGGCGGAGCGGGAGAAGGUUGGGUACGAGCUGGACAACAUGUCGAGAGUUCUUCCCGCCCAGCUCAAGUACCUGACUUUCCCCGACCCACGAUAUGAGCCGGUCAAGAGGCCUACUGGUGGUGUUGUGGUCGUCCUUGACAAGCAACCCGACGAGCCUCGUGAGACUGUCGAGCUAAAGGCUAGUAAAGAAUCCCGGCAGCCAGCUCCCCCGACCGAAACUCUCCAGGACCGCCUGCAGGCUGCCAUCGGCACCGCUGCUUUGCAGACCCCUCAGCGGGCUGGAGCUCGGGCUGCUGUGGCUGCCGAGCCUUCCCGGGCCGCCGGGGCAGCUGCCGCAGCGGGUGUCCUGACGGCGGUAGAUGAGGAUGAGGAGGGUGUUGAAGAUGCACCCCUUCCCGAUGAGUUCACAUACGAGACGGAAGGGGAGGAGGAAGAGUAG